AAAUAUUUGCGUCAUUUGAGCGAGUUUAAUCUAAAUGAGUCACUUGGAAACUACUUGUUUUUAUUAAAGUUUCGAUUUAGUUAUUUCUUGUUCGCUGGUGUUGUAAUUAUUUCAGUAUUAAAAAUGUUCUCUAGUGGACCGAAUUAUACGAAAUUAAAGACAAACCUUCGUCUGGCUUUAAAUCGCCUUAAAUUGCUUGAAAAGAAAAAGGCAGAACUAGCACAAAAGGCUCGUAAAGAAAUUGCCGACUAUUUGGCUACAGGUAAAACUGAAAGAGCUCGUAUUCGUGUGGAGCAUAUAAUUCGUGAGGAUUAUCUUGUGGAAGCUAUGGAAAUAAUAGAAAUGUACUGCGAUUUGGUGCUUGCGCGAUUUGGAUUAAUUACGCAGAUGAAAGAACUAGAUGAUGGAAUAGCAGAAGCGGUAUCUAGUUUGGUUUGGGUGUGUCCUCGUCUACAAAGUGAUGUAGCUGAACUCAAGGUGAUUUCCGACAUUUUUAUUACUAAAUAUGGUCCCCAAUUUGCGGAGCAUUCACGCACUGCCACUGGAGAGCAUCAUGUGUCCGGAAAAUUAAUGAACAAACUUCAACUACAAGCACCACCGAAACUUCUUGUUGAAAAAUAUUUAAUUGAAAUUGCAAAAAAUUAUAAUAUUGAGUAUGAACCCGAUCCACAAGUUAUGCAAGACGAAACUCCGAAUGGAGCUGAGGUACAGGCACAUUUGAUUGAUUUAUCCGAUAGAAACAAUCUUGGAGGCGGUGGAGCCGUGGGACCACCCCCACAAAUGGGAUUCAUCGGAUAUCCGUCGCUUCCUCCAUUGCCUGACCCACCAGCAGCGAAACCAUUCAAUUAUCCACCACCAUAUGGUCAAGGGUCUGAAGCUGGUGGUGCUAAUGGAGGGCAUCCACAACAUCCUUUUUCUUACAAUAUACCUCCAACACAGUCUAGUUAUGAGCAAAAAGAUUUAAAUACUUCAUUUAUAAAUAAUGAGUUGACCAAUGACCUUUCGUCAAAUGCAGCAGAAGGCGCAACUUCUUGUAAUUACACCGAAAACAGUCCUGAUGAAAAUAUUUUGCGUCCUAAACCAUAUGAUGACCCCCCACCACGAUAUACAUCAAUUAAUCCUGUAAAUAUGCAGGACAAAAAUAAGCCAAAACCACAACCCCGACAAAAAUUGCCGCCCCCGGGUCCAAGUGCACCACCAGCUACAUCAGACAUACCAAAUUUGCCCAAUGUUCCUCAGGAGAUGCCUGAUAUGACUAGUGAUGAAAACAAACCCAACAACACCGAUAACGACGACAUAGAUUUCGACGAUCUGUCACGUCGUUUUGAAAAUUUGAAAAAACGCAAAUAAACGAAUAAAACUUAUAUAGUAUAUUCGAAAUAUUGUAGAAUAUUAUAUGUUUGUAUAAGAGUGAAGUUGAAUAUGACCCAUAGUAUCACCAUUAUAUAUAUAUAUAUUAAAUUGUUAUUAAUAUAAUGAUUAACCUGGCUAUUAUAA